AUGUCCUCGAUACGUUACGUUCACGGGCGCGAUCCGCACAUCGUCGCCGACCCCGGCUCGGACGACAGACACGUCAUUGACUACGCUCACCACUACAGGCUAUCGUCUAAGGACACCCCUACAAUUUCCGACCUUUGGGAGGGGGAUACUGAAGGCGCAUCGCUCUCUCCCCCAUCCUCUGCCAGUGGUCCAACGUUCUCCCCCGAGCCCGGGGAGAAAGGGCUCUACGAAGAUAUUGCAGAGCUGGGCAACACGAUCAAGCAGUGGCACCUCGCCGACAAGAUCUUCGGAGCGCUGCUCGAAAAAGACGGUUUCCCUUGGCUCUUCAACACCAUCAUUAGCCACGACAACAUCACUAUCCAGGACUGGCAGGAAACAAGAGCAUUCCUUGAAGACCAUACACUACUCCUACGUUACCUAUCUUUUGCUUACGACCCCGCCAUGCGCAAACUGGACGUAUUCGGGCCAUCGAACCUACAUCAGGUAGUCACCAAUUCGAUGACCAAAGCAGUCUCAUCCACAGUCCAGCCAUCAUCGGCCCAAGUCGUUCUCAUGGACGGCGCGCGAGCACUCAUCAACGAUAACGUCGGAUACAUCCCUGACGCCGUGAUGACAAUCGGCGUGACAAAGAAACUGUCGACAAACGAUCCAAUCAACGUCACUCUUGACACGUUUGUGACUGAGACAUCGUACACCCAGACCCUCAAGAAGAUGCUCAAGAAACUCCUUAUUGCAAUGGUGAAACAGGGCGAGGGUCCGCUCCUCUUCACCGGUAUCAACAUCGAUGAACUCGACUACAUCGAUCCAACCAAAGACAAUUCAAAGCCGGACGACAAAGGCUUUGUAGCUGGAGGCGGCGAGGAGAACGACGUACUGUGCACCGGCUGGAAGCGAGGAGAUGAAGUGCUUGUCGGUAGGCUCAAAGGCCAAUGGUUUGUCUUCAUCCCAGAAGAUCGCGACGGAUUGCAAGAAGCCCUCGAUACGUACACUGUGAUUGACGACUGGAUGAAGUGGUUCUAUUGUGUGCCCAUCCAGCAUGAAUACCCGGAGGGCUCAGACGUCGCUGCAGUGCGCGAUGCCGUCGUCAAGAAAUAUCGAGGGGCUAUCCGCAACAUUCGCGAAGAGGCGCACAACCAACGCUUGCACGCUCUACUCCUCGAGGCGAUCAAGAAGCGGAAGGGAGACCUCGUGGCCAGCCUGCGGCGGCAGCUCCUCGAAACACCGGACUUCUUCGACCCUCCCAUACCGGAUCCCAUCCCUUCGUUCGUCAACGACAUCUGGGGCGGCGCGCGCCAUAUGGUGGAGGACAUCUUUAACGGGCGUGGUUACCGGGCCAACGACAGCAACUCGAAUGCGCCCAGAGGUGCCGCCAAGCGAGCAGCUCUCCUCGAAGUAGCAGAUAGCCUGAAGCGACAACUCGAGGAAGAUGAGAAGGCAGGCGACGCCGAGAUCAUCGACAGCUUCUGCAAGAAGCAGCGCAUGAACACGCCGCCGCCGCCUGUCCACUUGCAGGAAGGCGCGUCGCAGGAGACCCUAAUCGGAGACAAGGGGCACAGUGACGAUUCUGCCAACAGCUCUUUUGACUCGCAGGGCAGCGGGGAAUCUGCCGGCAGCGCGUUCGAUCUCAACCUGGCCUUGGCCGACUUCCGCUCGCUGGCCACCUCCCAUGAACAGCAGAGCUUGAUUGCGCUGCUCGAAGCAACGCCCAAUCCCACGCAAGUCUUGUCAUACUUGCUGGCUCGGUUACAAGGGAACCAGGAUGUUCCCAAGAAUGACUCGAGUCGGUCAGGUACUCUAGAAUCAGUGCAGAGCAUGGAGAACGUGCUCUCAACUUCUAACGGGUCCUCUCUGUCGGAACGGCGUCAGACACGGUCUCAAACUCGACAGCGAGCCACGAACGAUACACAGCAGGUAGAUACUACCAACAAUCAACAACGUAAGCUGCGCUUGAUUGAUCAAGCGUUUGUGAAAUGUUCGCUGAACGACGAAGCAACAUCUGACUUCGUGAUCAUGCUGAGGCUCAUCCAGCUAGCGUGCCGUUGUAGCAAGUACGUACUUAUUAUCUCACAGUCGUUCAUGAGCUUACAACCAGGUCUGACAACAUCAAGUUUGCGACAAUCUGAACCUGGUCUUACCAACACCAACAUCUGGCACACCGAGCUGGAAACAACGACCACUGUCGCGAAGAGAACCUUCUUGGAUUGGGUUGCUACUGGCAACAAAUUUGCGUUCGUCGCGGGAGGAGGCUCAGUGUAUAUACUGAUUUUGAUUGCCGUCCAGAACGUCCAUCAGGAAAAACAGGCUUUGCUUGUCAAGCCAUACAAGACCAUUAUCGUCUUGGAGACCCCUGUUUGCUUGGCAAGACAAGUUCCGGCGGAAUGCUGCUUGGGCUAA